UGUCCCCUUUAAGAGUCCGGGGUGGGAGGGGGGCUCCGUCCUCCCUCCGCGUCACCUGACUCCGAAGACAGCCGCGGACCUGCGAGAGGAGGCUCGGGGCUGCGGACGGAGGCGCCAGGAGAAGAGCUCGCGUGGAGAGAGAGAGAGAGAGAGAGAGAAGUGGUAGCAGCCCAAGAAUUAGUCCAAGAUGUCGGGUCAGACUCUGACAGAUCGCAUCGCAGCUGCUCAGUACAGCGUUACGGGAUCGGCGGUGGCCAGGGCCGUCUGCAAAGCCACCACUCAUGAGGUGAUGGGGCCCAAGAAGAAACACCUGGACUAUCUCAUCCAGGCCACAAAUGAGACAAAUGUCAAUAUCCCCCAAAUGGCUGAUACACUUUUUGAGCGAGCAACAAACAGUAGUUGGGUAGUCGUGUUCAAAGCCUUAGUUACAACACAUCAUCUAAUGGUUCAUGGCAAUGAGAGAUUUAUUCAGUAUUUGGCAUCUAGAAACACACUAUUCAACCUCAGCAAUUUUCUGGACAAAAGCGGAUCACAUGGAUAUGAUAUGUCCACCUUUAUCAGGCGCUACAGUAGAUACUUGAAUGAAAAAGCAUUUUCCUACAGACAAAUGGCAUUUGAUUUUGCCAGAGUGAAGAAAGGGGCUGAUGGUGUAAUGAGGACAAUGGCCCCAGAAAAAUUACUGAAGGGCAUGCCUAUAUUACAGGGACAAAUAGAUGCACUGCUUGAAUUUGAUGUUCAUCCAAAUGAAUUGACAAAUGGGGUUAUAAAUGCUGCAUUUAUGCUUCUGUUCAAAGAUCUCAUCAAGCUUUUUGCUUGUUAUAAUGAUGGUGUUAUUAACUUAUUAGAGAAAUUUUUUGAAAUGAAGAAGGGCCAGUGCAAAGAUGCUCUUGAAAUUUACAAACGGUUUCUUACCAGAAUGACAAGGGUAUCAGAAUUCCUCAAAGUUGCAGAGCAAGUUGGAAUUGACAAAGGAGACAUUCCUGAUCUCACACAAGCUCCCAGUAGUCUUAUGGAGACUCUUGAACAGCAUCUAAACACUUUGGAAGGAAAGAAAGGGAACAAGUAUCUUUUAGGAAUAGACAGUAUUUUGAAUGUAUUAGAUUACACUAACUGUGAAAGUUCUUCACCCGUAAGCAAGUCUUCUCCAGCCACAACCGUUACGUCUCCUAAUUCUACGCCAGCAAAAAGUAUUGAUACGUCUCCUCCAGUUGAUCUCUUUGCAACUUCGUCUACUGCUGCUCCAGUCAGUUCUUCCAAACUCUCCAGUGAUCUUCUAGAUCUUCAGCCAGACUUCACAUCUACUGCUGCACAAGGAGCUUCGGCAGCUCCUGCUGGAGCAACUUCAUGGGGAGACCUCUUGGGAGAGGACAGUUUGGCUGGACUUUCUGGUGUUACCUCUGAGCCACAGAUUACAGAUCCGUUUGCUUCAGAGCCUACUCCAGCUUCUACUGCUGUAACAGCUGAAUUAGCAACUGCUUCUUCUACUACAACUGCAACUGUUUCUGCUACUACUGCUGCUGAAGUGGAUCUCUUUGGAGAUGCCUUUGCCGCUUCUCCUGGUGAAGCCCCUGCCGCAGCUGACGGGGCAGCAGCACCAGCUACCCCAACCCCUGUAGCAGCAGCUCUUGAUGCAUGUUCAGGAAAUGACCCCUUUGCCCCAUCUGAAGGCAGUGCAGAGGCUGCUCAAGAGCUGGACCUCUUUGCCAUGAAGCCAACUGAGACCAGCGUUCCUGUAGUUACCCCUACAACUAGUGCAGCCACUCCAGUUCCCGCAACUACUCCUACUCCAACUGCUGCCGCAACUGUGGCCCCUCCAACCCCUGCUACAACUGCUACUACUACUACCACCACCACCACUACUGCUACUACGUCUGCUACCGCCACCACUACCACCACCUCUGCUCCUCCUCCUGCUCUAGAUAUCUUUGGUGAUUUGUUUGACUCUGCACCUCCUGAAGCCCCUGCAGCACCUAAGCCAGAUGCUACUCCUAGCAUAGACCUGUUUGGUACAGCUGGAGCUCCUCCUGUGCCUGAUAGUUCCCUCACUGGUGAUCUCUUAUCUGUGGAUGCAUUUGCAGCACCAUCAUCCCUGCCCCCAGGCUCUCCUGCUAAAGUGGAUUCUUCAGGUGUGAUUGACCUAUUUGGUGAUGCUUUUGGAAGUAAUGCUCCUGAAUCCCAACCUGCAACCCAAGCUGCUUCUAGCGCCUCUGCUGCUGCUGAUCUUUUGGCGGGCUUUGGAGGUUCUUUCAUUGCUCCAUCUCCCUCGCCUUCCCCCGUUACACCAGCUCAGGCAAAUAUACUACAGCCCAAUUUUGAAGCAGCUUUUGGGGCAUCCCCUUCUCCUUCCCCUGGUGGUACUUCCUUUGAUCCCUCGGUGUUUGAUGGUUUAGGUGACCUUCUUAUGCCAACGAUGAUGCCAUCUGGUCAACCUCUCCCAGCUUCCGGCACAGGCGGUGCUCAAGCUUCAGCUGCAACCAAAGGAAUUGGAGGCGAUCUUGAUUCCUCGCUCGCAAACUUAGUAGGAAAUCUUGGGAUUUCUGCAGCAAAGAAGGGAGACCUUCAGUGGAAUGCUGGGGAGAAAAAGUUAACAGGAGGAGCAAAUUGGCAACCAAAAGUAGCACCUGCAACGUGGUCAACUGGUGGUUCAAUGGCAGGAUCCACACCUCCAGCAGGUGCUGCUCCUCCUGCAUCAGGUGCCGCUCCUGCACAGCCUGGGCCAGGAUUUGGAAUGCAACCUUCUGGAGCAAGUGUUCCAAUGAUGCCACAGCAGCCUAUAUAUGGACAGCCGAUGAUGAGGCCACCAUUUGGAGCAGCUGCAGGAGCUGGCGCACCGCUGUCUCCGAGCCCCUCACCUGCUGCUCAUAGUCCCAAGAAACCUCCGUCAAAGGAUCCAUUAGCAGAUCUUAACAUCAAAGAUUUCUUAUGAACUAUUUACGUUUUCUGACAGGAUAACUGAAGAUGCAAGUUUGGAAUCAACAAAGAAGAGUUUUGUUGCUCAGAAAUUUCCAAGUGAGCCGCCACUAUCAAUCCAACCCAGUGCUUACUCAGACUUCUCUCCUACUUCCAAAACGUGUAGCACAGCUGUGAAAGUGAACAUUAGGAAUGUGUACUAUAUUAGUGUUCUCCCUUUUCUCUCUCUCUCUCUCUCUCUCUCUUUCUCAGUUUGUGUACUUGGGUUAUUAUUUAUGUGUUUUACAACUUAAACAAUGGAUGUAUGUUUCUGAUGCCUUCUUAGUGCUUCUCCGGACCUAUUUCGAUAGGGAUGGAUUAUGCAGCCGUUGUGUGUGGUGAGCCAUUUGGAGCGAUGUGUCUGUGUUUCCGGAGGUCUCAAUGUAAAUAACUGGCAAACCCUCAAAAAUUUUCCCCUUGGAAGCCCAGUUUAUCUUGUAUAUCUGUAAUACAAAACAAUAGUGUGGUGACAAUAUCAGGUAGUAAGAAAAGCACUCUUCAAUCCUACGGACUCUUUUUUUGGUGUGGAAUACAGUUUUUCCCCAAAUGCAGAACUCUCAAUUUGUUGUGGGAUAUGUUUUAUUUUUGUGGCAAUGUACAUGUUAAGUUUAAAUUAUAAUUCAAAGUAAUAUAAAGUAAAAAAAAUAUCUUAUAUCAAGAGUUAAGAAGGGUUAAGAAGAAAGCAACUUCUUAUAUUGUAUUUUGCUGUCAUUAAAAAGAAACAGCUUAUUUAUCUGUUCUUUUAAAUGCACUGAAAAAUAAGUGAAAGGGGAGUUUCUUGCCAUGCUGAUGCGGAAAACCAAAACAUAGUGGAGCAAACAUUUCAUGAAUUGUCAGGCUGAUCAGUGUAUCUACUGGCAAGUCAUGAAAAACUGGUUUUUUUUAUUUUUUUAUUUAGCUUUUACAUACAUGGGUUAGUUUGGUGCUUCUCUGUAUACUCCCUAGUGUUUUUCCAUCCCCAUUCAGCACUAUGUAUUUUCUGUACUGUCUGUGAUUAGAGGUCACACAAACUGGAAAACUGCACCCUUAAUUGUAAACAAGCAAACAAAAAUUGUGUUUUUUAAACAUUUUAGUUUGUUCUCUCAUACUGUUCGUGCUGAUGGCUUGGCUUAAGAUUUUUGACUCCUUAAUAAGGUCACUGUUGAUCAGUGUUACAAGUGGCUUGGCAGCUCUUUGUAAAAGCAUAUUAGGUUGGAAAGAUGUUCACCGAAGUCUUUCAAAUUAAUUAUUUAAUCAAUAUAUGGUACCUUUUUAAAGAAGUGGUUGUAAACUGAAUUUAUUGUGGGGAUAAAGAUACACUGUAAUAACAGAGAGUUAGAGAGAGAAUUUCAAAAUGGGUUUUCUUUGUAUUUUGUUUUGAGAAAAACCCAGUGCAUGUAUACCCCUCUGAGAUGCAAUAAAACACCUUGAUCAAAGUCAA